AUGGCAACAAUGGUCGACAUGGUGUCUGAGCCUUCAACAGACCCAGAUGCGCAAGCAACAGUCACAGAUUUCCUCGACUACACCGAGUAUCUUCCUUCCGAUAUCAUUCGAUCUCUCACCCUCCUUCGGGGCCUUGAUGAGACCUUUUUCAACAAUGCCCAUGCAGUCCAUGAGCACACACGACAGUAUGGCGCAUUACCUAAACUUCCGGCUGCGUCUCGACCCGAUCCACAAACUCUUCGCUCGUCAAUUUCUACCCAUCUUGACCAGGCUUUAAGUGCUCGUCAAGCUUCACAUGCAGAAGCCAUACGAUUAUUUGACGUUGCAGAUCGCCAUCACAAUCGUUUAAGCAGUAUCGUUAACAAGCUCAGAGCUCUACCAAAGCCUCCGUCGCGAGACCCAACGCCAGCACCAGCGUCGCCGGAAACCAAGCGAUCGCGAAGCGGUCGAAAACUAGAUGACGGUACGUCCACACAGCGAUUGACUUUGAAUCCUCCUCGAGUGCCAGGCAUUCCACCACAUCUCGUUGAAAAAUCGCGCAACCGCCGUGUAACUAUCCCUGGCGAUGUUCUCCCUCCGUUCAACCCGGAUUCCCCUAUCGCAAGCACUGAGCAGUCCGACUGGGAAACGGAACCGGGAUCCCCUACCAGACCUGCCCCGAGCAAACCGCGAAAGAGACCGGCCUCUCCCAACUCGAAGAAGAUCAAAAUCCCAAAAGUGCCACGCAUGCCGCGUGAGACUACAGCCCCGUACAAAAUGCCAACACCACCACCCGAGGAUGCUAAGAUAGGCGGAGAACACAAACCGUGGAUCAGGCUGACAGAUUGGGAAAUGUGGAAGCUCAGGAAGAAGAUGAAAAAGAACAUCAACUGGGAACCCAGCGAGAUUAUGAUUCAGCGGGAGCUUGCCGAGAAAGGCCGAGGGUGGGACAACUAUUAUAAAGUCAAAGCCGAGGCGCAAGCAAAUGGAGCAGAAUUUGCGGAUGUAGACAACCUGGAUAAGUCACGCGAGAACGGAGAACUAGUUGGCAAAGGGGACACGCCAAGUGUGGAUGUGGCCGCUGUACGCAACCGGGGAAUGAAACUGAAUGAAGCCAAGAAAUUGAAGCGAGAAGCUUUGGCCCGGGAACAAGCAGCCCUUGCUGCCGCCGAAGCUGAAGCGGCGGCCAGGAGACUCGGCGAUAUUGGAUCAGCCUUCAAAAACCUUUUUAGCCCGCUUGGAAGCGCUCUUGCGAAUUUGAAUGGUUCUAUCGGCUCGCCAAUUGCUAACGGUACUAAAUCAAUAGGGAAGAAACCUAGUAGAAAGAGAAAGCUUGAUGAAACAAAUACAGCAUUGUCACCUUCGGCAGAAACAUCAACCUCGCCGAAGAAGAAACCAAAACCUGGCCCUAAGCCAACUCCGUUACCCAAGCCUCCUCAACUCGCCGGACAUCCAUCACUUUCAAGCCAGAGACCACGCCACCCGCUCUUUCUCGCCCUCCAUCACGCCACUCCACGCGGCAUUCACUCGAACCCAAUUCUGUCACCACAACAGUCCCUGCUCGCUCAUCGCGCCGCACAUCCACACCCGCCAACAAGUCGACCCCUGCACCUCCCGAUCCAACACCCAAAGCGCACUAAACGGGAAGCACCGGGCCAGAUAACACAAUCCUCCGCCGACGGCGGCGCCGCAGUCAGCAUCAGCAAACGCAAAAACAAGCCCGGCCCCAAACCGCGAGGCACCUCCACUUCGAAUACCAGCGCUGCCGCCGCAGCAGGAUCCUCAUCCACAACCGACCACAACAAAUCCGACGCCCCACAGAUCCGCGUCGAUAUUGACGGUAACAAAGAGGUCAUCGACCCCGAUGAAGAGCGUUUCUGCGUCUGUGGCGACGUCAGCUGGGGUGAGAUGAUCUGCUGCGAGAUGGACGAGAAGUGUGAGGACGGGCAGUGGUUCCAUCUCGGGUGUGUGGGCAUGGUGGAGUUGCCGGCCCGGACGGUCAAGUGGUACAGCCCGGCUUGUAGGAAGAAGUAUAAGAAGGGGGUAGAUACUAAUGGGUUGGUUGGGAGGAUGGUCAAGUGA